AUGGCUCCAUCCGCCUUCAAAUCAGAGGAAACAGCUGUCGCUGCCACUGUUCCUUCAGUCACGGAGAAAUUGAAGAACGCCAGUAUCGAAGAGAAAGCCAAAAAGACUUUCGUUCCUGGAAUCACAAACUAUUUGAACGCUGCUCCAGAUGAGCCUUACGAAUGGGACCAAUUCACCCCAGCCUUCCCAGACAUCAAAUGGGACCCAAUUCAACCUGGAAUCCCUUACGAAGAUAAGGGACUCCUCGGGGAUCCUACAUACAGCCGUCUGCUCGAAGGUGCAACGGAUGUCUUUGACUACACCCAAAAGAUCGGAACUGAGAUCCAUGGCGUUCAAUUGAAGGACCUUACAGAUGACCAGAAGAAUGAUCUUGCUAGGUUGUUAGCGUACAGAGGUGUCGUAUUCUUCCGAGACCAGGAGGGUUUCGAUAUCGAAACCCAAUUGGCACUUGGGAGAUACUGGGGAAAACUCCACAAGCAUGCCACCACCAUGUUGCCUAAGAACGGACUCGAGGAAGUACAUGUCAUCCAUACCACUAAGAACAGCAAGAACCAAACAGCUCUGUUUACUUCUUCCUACCUGUGGCAUUCGGAUGUGACAUAUGAGAUCCAACCACCAUCUUACACAUCUCUCGCCGUUCUUGCCGGCCCCCCUCGCGGUGGCGGUGGCGACACCGUCUGGUCAUCCAACUAUGCUCUCUACGACCUCCUUUCCCCAUCUAUGCAAAAGUAUCUCGAAGGCCUAACCGCCCUCCACUCAGCUGAAGAACAAGCCCAAGGUUCUCGUAACGAUGGUCGUCCCGUUCGUCGUGAGCCAGUUGUUACCGAACAUCCUCUCGUCCGAACCAAUCCGGUAACCGGAUGGAAAGGUGUCUUUUUCAACCCAGGUUUCGUCAAGGGAUUCGUUGGCGUCCCAAAGCUCGAGUAUGAGUAUAUCUACAGAUAUUUGACGGAAUUGAUUACCUCGAGUCCCGAGAUUCAGGCGAGGUUUACGUGGGAGAAAGGUAGCGUGGCUCUUUGGGAUAACCGAGUUACCAACCAUACACCCUCUUAUGGAUUCGCACCUCACCGUCGACACGGUGUUCGUGUUGCCGCAACUGCGGAGAAGCCGUAUUUGGAUCCUAACAGCAUUUCUCAAGAUGAAGAGCUCGAUGCUUUACUUGGUCGCCAACCGACAAAUAAAGAUGGAUCACUUAUCAGCAACUAUAACGACUAA